UGGCAAUGACACACGAUGGAUGAUGACUUGCGUUGAUUCAAUUUCCACUCGAUAGUAAUUUUUUUAAUUGUCGCGGUACUCUUUGAUUUGUAAAAAUAUUAUUAUUUAUUAAUUUCAAUAAUUAGAUACCUAUUUCAUUAGAGACGGUUUGCUGUGAUUUUUAAAUAAGACUGGUACUGGAUAUGGCUAAUCGAGAAGAAACUUUGCGUCAAUUCUGCGAUGUUACGGGAGCCGACGAAAACCGUAGUAAAUUUUUCUUGGAAUCGUCUAAUUGGCAACUAGAGGUAGCACUAUCUAGCUUUUAUGAACAUGGUGGUAACAUAGAAGAGUCUUCAAACCCUAUACCUGUGGCAGCUUCACCACAACCAAUGUCAGAGAGUGAUAUGGAAUCUCCACCUGGAUCUCCUCAAAAGCAGAAAAAAGAUAAAAAGAAAAAGUCAAAUACCAAAUUUGCUACAUUAGAUUCCUUGCAGCCAGAUAGUUCCAGUGAUGAAGAAGAAGGUCAAGCAUUUUAUGCAGGUGGUUCAGAAAGGUCUGGACAGCAAAUUCUUGGUCCAAGCAAAGGACGAAAGGAUAUUGUAUCAGAAAUGUUCAAAAGUGUUAGAGAACGGGGUGCUGUUGUCUUUCAAGAUGAACCCACUACAACCAAUCGUGGACGUGGUGGAUUAUUUGCUGGUGUUGGAUACAGAUUGGGACAAACAGCAGAUGAUCAUGAACCAGUGACUCCCGCAAAUGCAGCGCAAGUUGAUCAGACCCGUUCAGUUCGGCUCAGACUAUACAGGGAAGGUUUCACUGUCGACGAUGGGCCGCUGAGGCAGUUUGUGGACCCUGCAAAUGCUGAAUUCCUCAGUUGCGUUCGUAGAGGGGAGAUCCCUCCAGAACUGUCAUCAGGUGGGGAAGUACGAGUUAGCUUGGAGGAUCGACGUCAUGAGGAGUGUCCUCGGGUUGUUUCUAAGACUCAGGCCUUUGCUGGAAAAGGACAUAUGCUAGGAAGUCCGACUCCAGCGACGGUGGGUGCAACCGUACCCGUAGCUUCUCAGGCGGGAGACAGGGCGGCCAAUCAGCGUGCCGCGCAAGAAGCCGUCGGCCUUAACGAGACAAAUCCCGUAACUACUGUACAGUUUCGGCUAGCAGACGGCAGUCGCCUUACGGGUCGUUUUAACCACUCGCACACAGUGGAAGAUCUCUACCAAUACGUGUCGCAAGCGGAGCCGGCCUAUCAGAUCCAGCCAUUCAUACUACUCACUACAUUCCCCAGUGCGGAGUUAAAUGACCGCACUGCAACGCUUGCUACAGCCAAUCUAUUGAACACCACUGUAUUGCAACGACUUAAAUAAACUUGUGUUUUGAUGUCGUGUUUUUAUUAAGGCUUGAUAUUAAAGCAGAGACCUCAUAACGAAAUGGGUUUUUACUAAAGUGGGAGUUCUUACCACUGAAACACGUAAGAAAAUUAUUUUGGAAAAUUGCGUCAUCCGAUUCGGAUGCUAGUUACGUUUUUUGAUACUUAUUUAAUAGAGGCCUUAAUGUUAAAACCAAAUGCAUUUUUCGCUUUAAAUAAGUAUACGGUUAGAUUUCAAAAUGUGAAACUAUGCUAAGUAUAUAUGUAGAACUUAAAUACACACUUAUUAACA